CACGCGCCCAGUCGGCAGCUAUGGGGCCCAGCCUGUGCGGUAGCAGCCCAGGCGGCGACCGGCCGCUCUCGGCGUGCGUGUGAGGUCACCAGCACUCGCCGUGCAGUCUGCGGGCAGAAAAAAUUCGGCUCCCGGUUCAUGCCCUCCGUGUGUAGCUCUGUCUGACUACUGUACAAGUGCUAUGCGGGACCUGUUCAGUGACUCUCAGUGAUCCUCCGGGUGUUAGGGUACCUCACGUACUGACAGUGAUGGCCUGCGUUGUGGGUUGUGCCACCGUGGCCGGCAUCGUCUGGUUGGUGUUUGCCGGACCCGCUGCACGUCCCGCUGACGGGUCGCAGUCGGCUGGGGGCGGCAGCGGGGGCGGCGGAGGCAGCAACCAGCUGGGAGUGGUGGCAGCUGGCGGGCCCUCAGGACCCUACUUCGAUCUGUCGGGCUCGCGGAACGUGACCGCCCUGCUCGGCAAGACAGCAUACCUCAACUGCAGGGUCAAGAACCUCGGCAACAAAACUGUGUCGUGGGUGCGGCACAGGGACGUGCACCUGCUGACGGUGGGCAGGUACACGUACACGAACGACCAGCGGUUCCGCGCCAUCAACCAGCCGCUGAGCAACGACUGGACGCUGCAGCUCAAGUACCCGCAGCACCGCGACGCCGGCGUCUACGAGUGCCAGGUGUCCACCACGCCGCACAUGAGCCACUUCGUGCACCUCAACGUCGUCGAACCGACGACGGAGAUCGUUGGCGGUCCAGACCUGUACAUAGACCGUGGCAGUACCAUCAAUCUGACGUGCAUCGUCCUGUACAGCCCGGAACCCCCAGCAUACAUCUACUGGAGCCACAACGACAACAUCAUCAGCUACGACAGCCCGCGGGGUGGCGUGUCGGUGAUCACGGAGAAGGGCCCCACCACGACCAGCUUCCUGCUCAUCAAGCAGGCCCGGCCCUCAGACUCGGGCCGCUACCAGUGCAACCCUUCCAACGCGCAGCCGCGCCAGGUCAACGUGCACGUGCUGCAUGGGGAGCUGCCAGCGGCGAUGCAGCACGGCGGGCAGGUUCACCACUCGCCGGCGGCGCACGCGCUGUCGCUGGCGGGCUGCCUGUGCCUGCUGCUGGUGCUCGCCCCAUGACCCCGCACCUCCUAGGUCUGGUCAGCCAGUGGCUAGCGGCAACCCGAACUCCCCACUUCCGCCGCGCCGCGCCGCGGCGCUGCCAGAGCGACCCGUCGGCGGCUGCCGUCGGCUACACCAGCGCAGCUCUGCAGGCUGU